AUGAUAUUGCAGAACUUCAAUGCAAAGCUUUCUGAUUUCGGACUGGCUAGAGAUGGACCUGAAGAUGACCAGUCCCAUGUAUCCACAAGAAUCCUCGGCGCUAGGGUCUAUUUUGCGACUGAGUACAUAGCCGCAGGGCAUUUGACUCUAAAAGCUGAUGUUUAUAGCUUUGGGGUUUUCCUGCUAGAGAUAUUAUCAGGCUCUGGUGCAGUUAGGAAACAUUCAGAUGGGGAAGUGGGGAAUCUUGCCCAGUGGGCUGAACCAUUUCUAAGUAACAAAUUGGAACUUCACCGCGUCAUAGACAAGAGACUGGGACAUAAUUUUCCGAUGGAAAGAACCUAUGAGUUGGCUCAACUAAUACUACAUUGCCUCUGCUUAAACCCUGAACAUCGCCCAACAAUGGCUGAAGUCGUGGCUGCCUUGGAACAGAUAGAGCUAAACUUAGGAUUUCAUCAUAAGAGAACGUAUAGUAGAAGAACCAGAACUCAUUCUUAUUCUCACUCUUAA